UGUUUAAAUAAACAUCCAACUACUAAUUUGUACCAUUUAACGCAAAAAUAGUCAAGUGAAACAUAAAAAAGCGUUGCUGAAAUAUGUAUACUUUCAGGAGAAUUUUUUACAUUUUGCCAAGUAUCUUGAUUAUCGUUUUUAUUGGUUAUAUUCAGGGAAAUGCUCCGGCUUGUAAAGAAAAUUCAGAGUACAGGUGCAAUGGUACCAAUAACGCUAUAGAAUUCCCGUGUCCUGACACAAAAAUUGAAAAUCAAGAAGUGUGUAGAUGUUUCUGUUUGCCUGGCUAUUGGAGAGAUAAGUGUGGAAACUGCGUGAAGGAAUGUUCUUGUCCACUGGGAAAAGUAUGGAGGCCAGGUAACUAUUGUUGGGAUCAAUGCGUACACCAUAUUUGUCCUCUCUAUAUAAUCCAGGGAUGUUUUUGCUCUGCAUAUACAUGCUGGAAUGGAACACAAUGCAUCAAUAGUAAUACCACCAUUUCAUAAAUCAGUACUUCAAGAGUACUACUAGUAACAUACAUUAAUUCAUUCGAAAAUUAUCUUAUAAUAUAUAUAUAAAAAAACUUUUCUAUAGAAAAACUAAUCUAAAAAAAAUCGGCGUUAUAGUGGUUUUUGAAAUGAUAUUAGCUGAUAAUUUUUGUUGUCUCUACUCCUGGACAUUAAAUUUUCUUUAUCUAGCUUGAAUAUCUCUGUAAUAUACAAAGUUAUGGUCAAAAUAUAAAAUAUAUCAUAUUCUACAUAUAAAAUCUGUAUUUGUGUCCCAUAAACAAACAAAAUAUAGAAGACCAUACUAUUGAAAAAAACGGUGUCAGAGUGGGCUUGAAAAUAAACAUCGAAGUUAUUUUAUAUGAACCAAGCAUUUGACAUUCUACCGUUUACUAGUAUGAACUGAUCCAUACCGGGCAUUACCAGGCUGGAACUACGGUAAACGUCAUUGAUUAUUAUUUCCAAGCCCACUUGACGCCAUUUUUUUCGCUGUUUUUUCCUCAUUAAUCAAUACUGCCAUGAAACAAAUUUUAUUUGAAGAUGUACUACCAAUCUCCAGAAACUUUUUAGAUUUUUUUCCUAAAAACUAUUUUUAGUAAAUCAUUCAUUAUUUAUAAUUUUCAUAGUUUUUAAUACAUAUACAAGGUAGUUAUUAAUGAGUAUUUCCAAAAGUUAUGCUAAAAUAAAGAUUUGUCUAGAUCUAGAAUACAAUUAUUCCAAUUUUAGUACCUGUUAGCACAAAAUGUGGACA